AUGGAAGAUGUGUAUAAAAGAUGCGUAGAUCCUUCUUGUUUUGACAGGGAUCCUUCCAUCAAGUCAACACGUAAAUAUCCUCCAGAUAGAGGUGAACUUGGUAAUGCUGGUUGGCUUUUCCUACACACUUUAGCGUCAAAAUACCCCAAAACGCCUGAUGAGGAUACCAAGUUGAAAACCUUGGCUUUUUUGUAUUCAUUUGCUGAUAUGUAUCCCUGUUCAGUGUGCAGGGAUAGCCUAGUUGAUAUUUAUAAACGUUUUCCUCCUAAAGCUGAGUCUCGGGAAAGCCUUGUAAAGUGGACUUCAGACAUCCACAACUGCGUAAACGAAGAGAUUGGAAAACCCUCUGAAAAAUACUCUCUCCAACAACUUCUGGAAAUGUAUCCUCCAGACUGA